AUAAGUUAUUGUGUUUUUAAUAAAUUGUUCUGUUCCAAAUCCAAGGGCCAACACGUGCUGUUCUCUCCUGCCUCCCCCUCAUGUAGGGAGCCUGGAAAAGGCUCUUGCUCUGGGGUUGGACUCCAUCUCCCUUCUCCAUCACCCAGGGCCUGUGGGUGCCUCUGCACCCUUUGCUGUGGGGGGCCUGGGCCCUCUGCUGGGUGUUCCACAGUGAGGCGAGGGGGGUGGGGGGCACAUGGCCACGGCCACCCAUGACCACAUCCCAGUGAGGUGAGCUGUCCCACCGUGUCUCCGUCAUUGCAAUGGGGUCAUUCACAUUUCUAGCUCUUGUUUGUUCCCCAUGCCGCGACUGUUUGUGUCCAGGCACUUCAGACAGGGGUUCAAGAAACCGUGUGGGGUGUGAGAGGUUUCAGCACAGCCACCCAGCACUCAUGGGGUUUGCCCUGUGAUUCUCAUCUUGAGCCAAGGAGCAUCAGGCUCCACGGGCUGGCCUGCUCUCCUCCCCAGGAGGAAGCAAUGGCACAAGGGUUCACUUUGGAACCCAACCCCCAGGCCUUUCCAUUUAAAGCCCCUCUCAUCAGAUUGGCCAGGCCAUGGUUGAAGGUUCCCUUGCUGUCUCAUUGAAGCACAGCCCACUGCCCCAAAAGCCACUCCAUUCUCAAUGGCACCAGCCAGGAAGAUGCUGAUCUGCACCAGAGAAUCUCUCUGAGUUCCCACCCAACUCAAACCCCAGUGAGAUGUUGAGGAUUCCACUUGUCCCUGCACAGCUCCACUGUUGCCAGGCACACGGGUGACAACGCUCCAGAGCUGCUGGGGACAGGCGGGUUCCGGAGUGGGUGACAGAGGCUGGGCUGUGUCAGGGCAGGAUGCUCCCAGCAGAUCCCUGGCCAGGCUGUGUGAGUUCUGCUGGGCCAGAGAGCACCCGGAGCGAUGGGGACGAGGCUGCUGGGAGCCACCAUGCUCCUCUCCCUAAUGGAUGUUCUCCAGGCCUUUGCCAUUGAGAAGAAAGGGGACGUGUUCAAGAAAACGGCGUGUCCCGCCUUCCUGAUAUUCGAGAACGUCGCGUACUUGGCGGACAUGACCUUCGAGCUGCCCUGCAAGUGCAAGCCUGAGGAGACCUCCUCUGUUGUCUGGUACUUCCAGAAGAAGCUGCACAGCCACGAAACCACGGUGCUGACAGACUUCAAUGGCACCGUGAUUGUGGACUCGAGCGACGUCCGCGCGGGCAGCGACCUCCUGAAGCGCUUCAGCAUCCGCAUGUUCAGUCUGAUCGUGUUCCGGGCCCAGGUGAGGGACUCGGGGCAUUACCUGUGUGGCACCAAGGACGGGCUCUUCUUCUAUGGCUACGACGUGGACGUGCAGCCCACCAGGCACAUCACAGUGGCUUUUCUGGAUAACGACCAGCACGUCCAAGAGGACUACACAGGGAAGGAGUUCACCCUCUUCACCACCUUCUGGGACUGGACCCGCUGUGACCGCUGCGGGGUGCGGGGCGAGCAGCGGCGCAUCGGGCUGUGCUACGUGCAGAGUGCCCAGCUGCAGCCCCGCUACCGCACGGCCCUGCCCAACGUCACCUCCUGCGGCUCCAGGGCUGUGCCCGCGCACUUCGGGCGCCUCAUCCACCGCCGCAGCCCCGAGGUGGCCGUCCGCAGCUGCCUGGCCCCUUGCCCAGAGAAGGAGCUCCCCGAGGAGGGCGUGCAGUCCAUCUCCAACAUCGUUUACAAGCUGGGUGAGAAGCCCCACCUGCCCCGUGUCCCCAUCCAGUACCACAGGCAGCCCCCCAAAACCGACCUGGUCAUCAGGUGCCCGGGAGCGCGGCCGGAGCACGCCGUGGCCUGGGACAAGGGCUCCAUGCGGCUCUACCGCUCCCACUACCUGGUGGGGGUCAGGAAGCCCAUGAAGCUCUUCAUCGACCACGGGAACCACCUGCACCUCCGGGGAGUGCACAGGAGGGACAAAGGCACCUACUUCUGCUGGCGGGAGGGCGAGCUGGUGGCUGGCUUCAAGCUCAGUGUCCUCUUUGAGCCUCGGCGCCAGCGGAGCCCCACGGACCCUGAGUCAAUCUUCGUCAUCAGGGCCGUGGGCAUCAGCUUUGCCGUGGUCAUUGGCAUCUUCUUCCUCAUCCACAUGUCCCCCUACAUCGCUUGGGUGUUCAAGAAACCGACCAAGUCGUAG